AUGCCCGGGAUAGGGGCCAUCGGAGCGCGGUGCAGGCACCGCCCGCGGAGGCGACCCAACAAGGCCGAGGCCAGCGGCCCCCAGCGCGGCGACCCCGGGGAGAAAGCCAUGGACGCGGCCAUCUGGAUCUACCAGUUCCGCCUGAUCGUGCUGGGCGACUCCACGGUGGGCAAGUCGUGCCUCCUGCAUCGCUUCACCGAGGGCCGCUUCCCGGGCCCGAUGCAUUCCGACCCCACUGUCGGGGUGGAUUUCUUCUCCCGCCUGGUGGAGAUCGAGCCCGGCAAGAGGAUCAAAUUGCAGCUCUGGGACACGGCGGGCCAGGAGAGAUUCAGAUCAAUCACACGCUCCUAUUACAGAAAUUCAGUAGGAGGGUUGUUGGUGUUUGACAUCACAAACCGGUCUUCCUUUGAACACGUGUAUGACUGGCUGGAUGAAGCGAAAAUGCAUGUUCAGCCCUUCCAGAUUGUAUUCAUCUUGGUGGGACACAAAUGUGACCUGGCAGCAGAGCGCCAGGUUACAAGAGAGGAAGCUGAAGAACUGGCAUCCACCUGUGGCAUGAAAUACAUAGAAACAUCAGCCAAGGAUGCUACCAAUGUCGAAGAAUCCUUCACAGUUCUCACAAGAGACAUAUAUGAACUUGUGAAAAAAGGAGAAAUUUUGAUACAGGAUGGAUGGGAAGGGGUGAAAAGUGGCUUUGUUCCUAAUGUUGUACAUUCUUCAGAGGAGGCAACCUCACUGGGAGAAAAAUGUCCUUGUUAA